UCAUUCUGGGUCGGGUUGUCGUGCCGUGUGGUAAAGAGUAAUAAACACGUUGCAUUAUUUUAGUGACGCCCAAAUAUAGAACUACGUUGACCUGACAAUGACUUGACCUAAUAAAAGUUCCUAAAUCAGACAGGCUAUAAAUAUCCCUAAGUUGAACUACAACUAGCUUCACAUAGCCUCCUACGAUAUAUCGGCUUUCUUCUCCCAUACUGCGCAGCAAUGUCUGAGAAGAAACAACAGCACAUCGUAAUGCUGCCUUUCAUGGCGAAAGGCCACUUGAUCCCCUUCCUCAACCUCGCUCGCUUCAUCGAAAAGCUGAAACCCUACUGCUCCAUCUCCAUCGCCACCACCCCUCUCAACAUCCAGUCCCUCCGCUCCUCUGUCCCUUCCACCUCCUCCAUCCACUUCGCUCCACUCCCCUUCUCCCCCACCGAUCACGGCCUCCCUCCCGAUACCGAGAACAGCUCCUCCAUCUCCCAUAUCGACUCCCUCCCUCUCCUCAUGUUCGCGUCCGAAACCCUAGCACCGGAUUUCGAUAAACUCCUCUCCGAUCUCACUACCCUCCAUCGCAGCCCCCCUCUCCUCAUCAUCGCCGACGCCUUCGCAGGCUGGUCCCUCCCCAUUGCCCGCAACCGCGGAAUCCCUUACUUCGCAUUUACCACUAGCGGAGGAUUUGGCACCGCCGCCUUUACGUCCCUCUGGCUACACCUACCCCACAGACUCACAGACUCCGAUACCUUCCAUGUCCCCGGCUUUCCCGACCAUUUUCGUCUUGAUCGAUCCCAGAUGUCGCACUACAUGAGCGCCGCCGAUGGAUCUGAUGACUGGUCUGUCUUCCUCCGACGCCAGAUUAAUUUAUAUUUGAAAUCGGACGCUCUGCUCUGCAACACGGUGGAGGAAAUCGAACCCACUGGGGUCCAUUUACUCCGACGGAUCACCGGACUCCAUGUAUUAACCGUUGGGAUCGGCAGGGAAGUUGGGAUGGAGGUCGAUCCUUGCAUCGAAUGGCUUGAAUCUCAUCGUCCGGCUUCGGUGCUCUACAUCUCGUUCGGAUCGCAGAACACUAUCGGAGCGUCGCAGAUGAUGGCGCUAGCGGAAGGGCUGGAGGCGAGCGGUCUGGCGUUCAUCUGGGUUGUCCGGCCGCCGCUCGGAUUCGACAUGAAUGGAGAGUUUGAAGCAGACAGGUGGCUACCAGACGGUUUUGAGGCUAGAAUGGCGGAGAAACGGCGGGGAUUGGUGGUGCGCAGAUGGGCACCGCAGAUUGGAAUAUUGUCGCAUAAGGCGACGGGGGGAUUUAUGAGCCAUUGCGGGUGGAAUUCGGUGAUGGAGAGUUUGAGCAGAGGGGUGCCGGUGAUCGGAUGGCCGGUGUCUUCAGAGCAGUUUUAUAACUCGAUGAUGAUGGUGGCGGAGAUGCGGGUGGGAAUGGAGAUGGCGAGGGGGGCGAUGGGGGAGGUGAAUGCGAAGAAGGUGGAGAGAGUGGUGAGGAUGGUGAUGGAGGGGGAGAAGGGGAAUGCCAUGAGGAAUAGGGCGGCGAGGUGUGGGGAGAUGAUUAGGUCUGCGAUGGAGGAAGAAGGGAAGAAGAAGGGGUCUUCGGUUAGGGCGAUUGAUGAGGUUUUUGAGUUGGCCAUGCGAAAAAGCUUAGAGAUGAAUUAGGGUUUUUAGGAGAUACAGAAUAAUGGAGAUAAUUAGUUUUAUUGAUAGUGGCAUGAUGAAAAAUAAUUAUCAUGAGUUACUAAACUUCUUUUAUGAUGAAGCUUCAA